AUGCCCUUCGGGAAGAACAUUCGAGACGAGCCGGUCGAUAAUUCGAAUAUGCUGAUCGAUCAGGCCCGAGAGGAAAAGCCAAUGGAGAGGCGCCACGAGUAAGAUGACAGCGCAGUGGAGAAAACGCACGUGACCUCCCGUGAUUGGCUGGCUCUUGUUUUUGGGAGUGUAGGCGCUCCCAACAAGGUGGUCCUGUGUUAACUUACAUGGGGGUACCUAUUCCCGUGUCCUACCUUUGACCUUCAUACCCGUAACCCUAACAUUAACCCUAGCCCUCCUGACAUUUAGGGCAAGACCGCCUGUAGUGUGGGGGUCUAUAUUCCUGUGCCUGUGACAGUUCGACCAUCGAUUUCGAUUAUGUCCACCGUGUGCCCCACAGCUGCAGCAGCGGUGGGAGCAGGGACGGUGACUUGCGCAGGGGUUUAUAAUGCCGGUAGACUUGCGCUGCAUCUACCUACACUUUCUCCUCCUCCCUCGCCCGAGUCCGGUGUCAAGACAGAGUCAAGAAGACCGGAGACGAGGGAGGCCGCAGGUGGAUGGCUCGGACGGAUCCUCACCUUGGCGUUCCACCACACCCUCUGGUCCACACAACAAAUAACCAGGAUUUCAACCAACACAACCGAGAUUGGAGGCUGGCACGACCGAAGCCGCACCUAGGCGUGCCGCCGACGCCUGGCUCGGAUCCCACACUGUGGUGGGAGUGCCAUAAAGGCCACAUUAAGAAGGAGCCAUUGCAGCCUGACUCUCAGACCGCCUCCAGUCAAGGAGGAGGUCCAAGUUAUCCCGUCAGUUGGCAACCUUCGAAGCCACGGCUUUUAGCGCACCGUGAUAGCUUCAAGCGCGUCAGAUUGUUUAUAGUGAGGAGGAAAUGCGCUGAGUCUUCGACCUCACUCUCCCUUCCCAGUCCCACAUCGCAGCCGCUGUCCGAGCCGGUCAGCAGACUGGAGUGGGAAAUGGGCGCCGUGGCUGGCAUGAUCGACUGACCAUGACUGCGCGCGCCACGAGCACGACCUAGCCCCCCAUACACACAAACACCAGGAUUUCACACAACGGGGGUUGAACGGCGUGUCUCUCACUUGCGUGAGAGGGCCGUGGAAGGUGCUGUUUCAGCCCGUCGCCCAGCCCACCAGUCCGCCACUCCACACAACACACACACACACACACAACGCGACGAACUGCGUGAACCGAGAGCGGGCGUCAAUCAGCAACCUUCCUAUCCACGACGCUUGACGUGUCGGGAUAGUCUCGGACUCAAGUCACCCGUGCAGCCGAAGCCGCAUGGGGACCGAGUCGAGAUGCGGACUUCCCACUUGCGUGGGACGUGGCAGUUGGGUGCAUGAGGUGUGUGAGUGUUGAUUUCUGGUGGGGUGAUGGUGGUGGUGGAGGCAGGGAGGGAGGGAGGGUAUUGUGGUGUAGUGUAGCCGGCGGUUGUCUACCGUAGGUCGUCGUGGAUGCGCAUGUGGCCGAGUAGGCCCAUGCGAUGCGUGAAAGUGGGAGGGCAGUGUGGGCAGUGGAGGUGAGCUUGGUGGAUAUAGGUUGGCGCUCCAGGCACUGGUUCGCCAGUCUCUGUGCGAUGGAUUCGCAAGUGACUGACUAGGUCGAAUUGUAAGGUGAUGGUGCGGUUGCAGUGAGGGCAGGUGUAGUCCUGGUCCUUACCCCUGGAUUUGGAGGUUGUAGGGAUGGUGUCUGUUGUUGUGUCAUGGAUGUGUGUGAUGCUGGUGUGAGUGACGGCCACCAGAGCGGCCGUGGUUGAUGCAGUGGGGCAGGAGAAGGAAGAGACGGGGGGAGAGGAUGAGGGGGAGGAAGAAGAGGAGGAGGAAGAAGAGGAGGAGGAGGAGGAGGAGGAGGGGGAGGACGGAAGUGGUGGUUCAGAAAAAUUGUCAGAAUUAGUUGGCGGCGGAGAGGACGAGGAAGAGGCGGGCGGAGGGACGGCGGUUGGUGCGGUAUGGGAGGUGCAGUUGGUCCGAAGGUGUCCAAUGAGUCCAAUUCGUGCCCGGAAUGUCCGUUGGCACCGAGGACACGUUGGAAGCGGUUGUGCGUCGGCGUUGCGGACGGGACGUGGCUGUUAUUUGCGUGCGUCGCGUUUCACUUUGGCAGCGGCGAUUCGAUUGGCCUCAUAGAUCGCAGCGCCUGUCUUCACUUUCCUCCUCCAGGUCGGUUGGUCGAGGGCGAGCUCUUCCCAGUUGGUCGGGUUAAUUUGCAGAUGCUUCAGGCUAUUUUUGUAUCGACGAAUUUGGCCUCCUUGGCGGCGAGAGCCCGUGACGACGUCUCCGUAGAAGAGUCGUUUGGGUAGUCGAUCGUCGCCCAUGCGCACCAGGUGGCCGCUCCAACGCAGCUGCAUUUGUCUCAGCAUGGUGUAGAUGCUGAGGAUUCACGUCCGUUCCAGCACAUCAGUGUCGGGGAUUCGAUCCUGCCAGUUCAGCUUCAGGAUGCGACGGAGACCGCUAAGGUGAAAGUGGUUCAGUCGACGUGCCUGCUUUGUGUAUACUGUCCAAGUCUCCGCUCCGUACAGCAGCGUCGGCAGGAUGACGGCCUUGUACAUCUUCAGCUUCGUGCUCAGUUGGAGACCGUGACGAUUCCAGACUGUGCUUUGGAGGCGGCCGAGGGCUUGACUGACUUUCGAGAUCCUGCGAGCGACUUCGUCAUCGAUUUUGGCGUUAAGGGACAGGGUGCUGCCCAGGUACGGGAAGUUCUCCACCUGUGCCUAACCGAUUUGUGUAUGUAAGCGUCAUAAGUGCCGUCUCAUGAUUUCCUACUUGCUGACAUACAUUCACACGUCUCCCUUGCCAGUAAUUGUAGUUUACAAACUGGUGUUGGUGGUUGACACUUUAAAUUCGUGAAUUUUAGCAGAAACUUAACUGUUUCAUGUGGACUCAGUUGAGGUCCAUUUGAUGCUCAGUAAUGGAUGAAGUUGGAAGUGGACAUGCUGAUAAGGCUACCCUAAGGUUCACUUUUUGAACCAACCUACCAGUCAAAUCUUCAUGCGAUCACGGUCUUGAGAGUGUGGUUGGAGCAAUUUCAUUAUGAAGAACUAUUUUUGAAAAAUGACUGAUGUGUUUAUUUCUGGCUUGCUCGCCGACGAAACAUGAGAUUCGAAUCAUGGUCAGUUGGUCAUUGAACGCCUGACCACUUGACCCAUGGGCUCGAAUUCUGUCUUCCGCGACUCGGCAUGUCCGAAAUCACAUGGAGACGAUUGCCGGACGGGAAUGGACAUUUUGGAUUUUGUCAUGAAGUCACUUUGCAGCCUGCAUGGGUUGCUAACCCUGAGCCCCAGUGCCAGACAUGAAUACAUAUUUCCUACCUGCUAUUAGGAUGAGUUGGUGAGUUGAGCUUGACGGCUGCCGCUGUACACCAGCCAACUGCAUAAGGCCAGCAUACUUUCACAGUGAGGAAGUUACUAGCCCACUUAGGCCAUUCAUCUCAGGAAUCUCUCUUAGUUAUCUUUUGUAAUCACGUAUUCCGUAGGUCUGUAUUGGUCGGCUAAUAAUUGUCUACCGUAAAUAUUACAAAACUGCUUGUAUUACACCUAAAGGGAAAUCAGAAGAUAUACUUCUAGGGCAACUCAGUGCUCAGAUCUCCAUAGUUAAUGAAUUUAUUUCACUUUCCAUUUUUCAGGACUUCAUGUUCUUCGAAAACAACCAACGUUCACGCCAAUAG